AUGAGUGGAGGAGAAUGUUACAAAUGUGGAAGGCCUGGGCACUUCGCAAGGGACUGCCGUACGGGGCAAGGUGGUUUUAUUCGUGAUAGAGGUAUGGGACGUGGAGACUUCCGUAAUGGAAGAGGAGGCCUAGAGAAAUGCUACAAAUGCAAUAGACCAGGACACUUUGCUAGAGAUUGUCGUGUUGACCAAGACCGUUGCUACAAAUGUAACCAGCUAGGACACAUUGCUAAAGAAUGUGAUAAAGAAAUUGAUUCAGGAGCUUGCUAUAAUUGCAAGAGCCCCGGACAUGUGCAGCGGGACUGCCCUGAGUUGGGCAACAGGCCAUGUUACCGAUGUGGUGAGAAUGGACAUCUUGCUCGCGACUGUCCUGAAGACCGUGGCCCAGAUGAUCGCAAAUGUUACGGUUGUGGGGGUGUGGGACACAUUUCACGAGAGUGCCCAACAGCCCAGCGCUCGUCCGGGAAGGACUGCUUCAGGUGUGGAUCAACUGACCAUCUGGCUCGGGAUUGCCCUGAGACAACAAACAAAACACAGUGUUACAAUUGCAACCAAAUAGGUCACAUAGCAAGAGAUUGUCCAUCGGAGUCUAAAGAUUUGGUGGCAGCAGCAUGA